UUAUUAAAAUUAGUCUACUUUUUUUGUUUCAGUUCAUCUUCUUCAUCGUCCGGUCCCCAUCUUACGCCACACCAUCUCCCUUUCUCACCGACCCGUUCCUCUUCUUCGUCCCAGCUACCAUCCCCGCCACUUUGCAUUGAAGUUUCUUCUCCGGAAAAUGGGAUACAGCAUUUAUGGGGUGGGGCCAUCAGGGUGGGUAGGAAGAAGACAUGGAAAAAGACCAGGUUAUUUCGUAGAUAUUCACAAAAAGAAUGUUACAUGAACACUAUGGUGUACACUUUAUCACGUGUCAUUAUCCUAUUGGAAAGUUUAAAUUUCAAACUGUUUUUCCAUCAAAUUGACACUUGACAACAAUAUAAGUAUCAACCAAAGUAUCAAAAAUCAAUGUACAAAUAGCAAAAUUCAAUUUAUUUACAAAAAUGAGCUCUAAUUUAUCUUAUUUCACCCAAAUUGGUGCAACUUUGACAAUUUCCUCAAAUUCAAAGCUAAAGCGAUUUCUUAGCUUUUCCCCUUAUUCAAGAAUGCUUCCCAUAAUCUGUAUAGAGAUAAGACUAUAAAACAUGGCCUUUUCAAACAAAUUAAAAUAAUUUCCAAAGUAUUAAAUUUUUCUUGCAACUCGCAUAGACUGAAAACAAUGGAUGGUUUAAAACAAGAGUAGUUAUUGACCAUUUAAGCAUCGAUUUGGACAAACCAUUCAGGUUUUCUUUCUGUUCAUACUAAGAAUUUGCUGUGUAUUUCAUUGUGUCUCAUCAAAAUCUUCAUUAUCACUUUUGAGCAGUGAUUGAUUCCUGCUUAUUAAGGGAGAAAUGAAGAAAUUUGAAUUUACCUUGAGAAAUUUGUAGCCAUGAAAACAUCUCAUAGAGCCUUUAUUUUCCUUCUUCAUGUUCUGCUUUUCUCCUUACAUCCACUGAAGAUAACGUCGUCUGCAAGAACAGAAGCAGCGGCUCUUGUGAAAUGGAAGAACAGCUUGUCUUCUCCUCCUCUGAAUUCAUGGUCCCUUGGAAAUCUUCGAAAUCUUUGCAGAUGGACAGGAAUUCUCUGCAAAAACGGGGGAUCAGUUUCUGAGAUAAACUUAUCCAAUGCAAGCCUCUCUGGCACCCUCGACCAGCUUGAUUUUACUGCGUUUCCAAAUCUGACAAGACUUGACCUCAGUUUUAACAAUUUCAGCGGGUCGAUACCAUCUAGUAUUGGUAGUAUCUCUAUUGCAACUUCCUUGGACUUGAGUAACAAUGUAUUGGAGGACAUCAUUCCAGCGGAGAUUGGAAAUUUGAUAGAGCUUCAAUACAUUAGUUUGUACAACAACAAUCUCAAAGGUCAAGUUCCACAUCAAAUUGGGAAGCUUCAAAAGGUACAACACAUGGAUUUUGGAUCAAAUUACUUGGUGAGUCCCCAAUGGUAUCAAAUCACAAGCUUUCCUUUGUUGACACAUCUCAGCUUUGGUUACAACGAAAUCACCUCAGGAUUUCCAGAUUUUAUACUUGGUUGCUGGAACCUUACUUAUCUUGAUUUGUCUCAAAACCACUUGACCGAACUAAUUCCCGAAUCAUUAUUUGUCAAUCUAGGCAAGCUUGAAUAUCUGAACCUUUCUACCAAUUCCUUUCUAGGGCCAUUAUCAUCAAAUCUUACCAAACUGUCAAAGUUGAAAAAUCUUCGAUUAGCAACCAACAAACUUUCUGGCUCAGUACCUGAUAUUUUCAACUCUAUGCCUAAUCUCGAAAUUCUUGAGCUGUUUAACAAUUCAUUUCAAGGAAAGAUACCCUCUUCUUUAGGACAACUCAAGAAUCUGCAGAAACUAGAUUUGCGAGAGAAUGGCCUGAAUUCCACAAUUCCUUUGGACCUUGGCUUGUGCACCAACCUUACCUAUUUGGCUUUAGCCACAAAUUCACUUACUGAAUCCUUGCCUUUGUCCUUGUCGAAUCUGACCAAGUUGACAGAGUUGGGUUUAUCGGACAAUAAUCUAUCCGGUGAUGUUUCGCCUUAUUUCAUCUCAAAUUGGACCCAACUAAUAUCAUUGCAGCUUCAAAAUAAUCUUUUCACAGGGGAAAUUCCAUCUGAAAUAGGCCUACUGACUGAUCUAAACACUCUUUUUCUAUACAACAAUACAUUUUCUGGCUCCAUCCCACCCGAGAUUGGAAACCUGAAAAAUUUGACGUUGAUGGACCUUUCAGGAAACCGGCUUUCAGGCAUAAUACCUCGAACAAUCAAGAACCUAACAAAUUUACAGAUCCUCAAACUUUCCUCCAAUGGUCUUACUGGAACUGUUCCACCAAAGAUUGGAGACUUAACAUCACUAGAGACGCUUGAUGUGAGCACAAACCAAUUAAGUGGGCAGUUACCAGAGUCCAUCUCGAACCUCAGUGCCCUGCAAACUAUUUCCCUGUUCUCUAAUGAAUUUUCAGGAAUCAUUCCCCAUGACUUGGGAAAGAAUAGUCCCAAAUUGGCAAAUGUUAGUUUUUCAAAUAAUAGCUUCACAGGUGAACUGCCUUCUGGAUUAUGCAGUGGCUUUCUUCUCAAUCAAUUUACAGUGAAUAACAACAAUUUUACCGGGAGGUUACCCGGUUGCCUGAAGAAUUGCUCGAGCCUUAAUAGAGUACGGCUUGAAGGCAACCGAUUUUCUGGGAAUAUUUCAGACGCAUUUGGAGUUCAUCCGAAUCUCGAGUUCAUCUCUCUCAGCAGAAAUCAAUUCACAGGCCAACUUUCAACUAAGUGGGGACAAUAUGAAAGGCUUACAAAUCUUCAGAUGGAUCAAAAUAAAAUUUCUGGAGUGAUUCCAGCUGAGCUAGGCAAUUUAACACAGUUGCGUGUCCUAAAUCUGGAUUCGAAUGAAUUGAUAGGUGAAAUUCCUGUUGGACUGGGAAAUUUAACUGAACUGCUCAAUCUCUAUCUGAGCAACAAUCAGUUGACUGGAGAGAUUCCUCGAACUAUUGGACGCUUAACAAAGCUCCAAUAUCUUGAUUUGUCAGCAAACAAAAUAGGAGGAGGUAUUCCAGAAGAUCUAGGCAAUUGCGAGAGCUUGCAGUUCUUGAACUUGAGCAAAAACAUUUUAUCAGGGAAUAUCCCGUCAGAACUUGGUAACUUAAAUGGGUUACGGUACUUGUUGGACCUUAGUAAUAAUUCACUUUCAGGAACAAUUCCUCCAAACUUGGGAAAGCUUACCUCUUUGGAGAAUCUGAACCUGUCAAAUAACAAGAUUUCAGGUAGAAUCCCUUUUGCUGGUUCUUAUGGCUACAUGGCACCUGAGCUAGCACUUACAAUGAAGGUUACAGAGAAAUGUGAUGUUUAUAGCUUCGGAGUGGUGGCAUUGGAACUAAUGAUGGGACGGCACCCGGGAGAGUUCAUAUCUUCACUUUCGUCCUCAACAACAACAGCAGCAGCAUUGCAAAGUAAUCCCGAUCUGUUUUUGAAAGAUCUGCUCGACCAACGGCUUUCACCUCCUACUGGCCAAAUAGCAGACGGAGUGGCAUUUUUAGUAACCCUUGCAUUAGCAUGCACACAGGCCUCGCCAGAGUCGCGGCCUAACAUGCGUUUUGUUGCACAAGAAUUGUCAGCUAAGACUCAGGCUUACUUUCCAGAGCCACUGGGAACAAUAAAAGUUAGUAAACUAACAAAUUUCCAGAAAUAGGUGUUGAGCAAGAGUGUUUUGAAAAUCUUAGAAUAUAAUCAUCACUUGUAUUGUACAGCAUAAUUUUAUCAACGCACUGUAUCAUAUAGUAGGGUAUGGGUGUACAAUUAUGCAACAAAAUUAUCCUUCAGCUUCACACGUAGCAUAUCACAUGCUGAAAAUGGAUGCAUUCUUCGUUUUAGCCAUCAUAGAUAUUAUAAUUGAUAAUAAAGCAAUUGAUGCUGAUGAUCUGAUUCUAUUUAGAAAAUAUAAAGCAGGUAGAAAAUUAUAGAAUUAUGAACAUGGAUCAACUAUUAACAUGGCAGCACAAUGCACCACUACUAUGACCAAGUUUUUCUUCUCUGACAUAGUUGAGCACAAAUACAGAGAUCGAUGCAUAUAAUAUAACAGGUUGAUUGGAGCAGAAAAGGAGUACUAGCAUUAAAAAUAAUCUCCAAACUUGAGAUGAAAUCAUAAUUUGAUAUACAUAUGUAGAAAUCUGGUUUUAAUUGUUGAUUGAUUGAUGUACCAUAUUUAGGAUGAAUAGGAUUGAUUGAUGUACCAUACUUAAACUUUCCAUAGUUUGGUAGGCUAAUUAGCUCUCUCCCAAUCAAUUUCACACAAUCAUUUGUGUGUUUUUCUCUUCAUGGUAUUAGAGCUAGGUUCCAAAUCAACCUAACAAUCAAUGACAACCAACACUAGGGAUUCUACAACUUCUGAUUCCUCUCUAAGUGAGGCAGAAAUUAUCUCCUCGAUGAGCUCCAAUAAUGUCGAAAAUCCUUCUUUACUACUCUGUGUCAAAAAAUUGAAUGGAAGGAAUUUUCGAGCAUGGGCUCAAUCUAUCAAAUUGAUAAUUGAAG